UGUCCGCGUCACGUGUGGGAUUGUCGUGAUUCUGACCGGAACAACUUAGCAGCUCGCUGUUCUGUUUUUAUUUAAUAUUUAAUAACCGUGUUAUGCUCUAAUUUUACAAUGUCAUCUGAAAGUGACAGAAACGAAGACGAGGAUUGUGUGGUUCUUGAGCAAGUGUUGGAUAAAUUGUAUGACUUUGGUAAUGAUUCUGCAUUAAAAAGAAAAUCUCAGAAGAAGAGAAAGCAGAAAAGAUUUGAGGGGGAACCAUUGCUUGCACCUAAAGAAGUCUAUAUUGACAUUGAAGAUGGAGGAGCCCAGCAUUCUGAUGUUGCACAUAUUAAACACCAUCCAGAGGCAGAUAAAAUUCCUGGUUCAGCUGUCCACCAAGUGAGCCAGGUUGAAGUAGUGACAUUCCAGAAUCCCACAAAGAAACACAACAAGGCGACACCAGCCCCUGAAAACAGUUCUAACCAGAAUAAGGAGAAGAAACCAGGUGACCAACCAGAUCAACUCAGUAUGGAAAAGGCUCGCCUGGAGGUCCAUCGAUUUGGAAUCACUGGCUACAAGAAGGAGGAGCAGCGUUUUUUUGAACAAGACAGAGCAAUCAUGCUUGGAGCCCGACCUCCUAAGAAGCAGUAUGUCAACUACAAGAUGCUGCAGAAACAAAUCAAAGAAAAGAAGCAGAAAGUAAAAGAGGAGUUUGAGCUGGACCAGAAGAAGAAGAAGAAAAGGAAACAGAAUAAUCAAAGGGUCAAGAAGAAGGAGGUGUCUUCUGGUUCUGGCAAGGCUCCGUCUGGUCAGAUGGGGCGCUUCAAGAAUGGCAUGCUGAUCCUCAGCUCCAAGGAGAUCCAGAAAAUCAAAGGCUCUGUGGGGAGCAAGAAGGCCCACAGUUAAACCAUCUGGGAUGAGAAAACCAACCGGCUGUGACUCAGGACUGUGUGUGUGACCACGGCCAUAUGGGGAGGAAACUGACCAGAGCCGCCAACAUGAGCUGUGAGAACAUGUCAGUGAGCCACGCGCAGGACAAAUAUAGCAAAGAUGCUUUUUUUUUUUUUUUUUUAAAUGAAAGACUUCUGAGUCAUGAAUUCACUUCAGGAAUCUUCAAGAAGAACUUUAUACAGGGGGGACAUUUAGUGUAUGAAACUGGAGACUUUCAAAUCAUCACCAUCAAUUUAUUUCAUCUAUAGAAAUGGCCAAAGUGUGUGUGUGUGUUACACCGUUACAAUGCAUUUCUCAUAUACAAACCAUCUGAUCUUAGAAAACAUUUACAUACAAGUUGGCAGGAAACAAAAAAGUACAAGUACUGGCAAAGUUUUCAUGAGGGGAAAAAAAAAACGUGUAAGAAAACCUUAAAGCUAACUCACUCCAAAUCGUGUGUUUGAUGUAAAUAUGAGAAAAUGUGACAUCAGUCAAUUUUUUUUCUCUCUUUGUGAAAGGAAAAAUGUAAAAAAAAAAGAACCUCUGAAUUUGGAGGAGGAGUUGUGAUGAAGAAAUGAGAUCUGGCAGUAUGCAGCCAGGUGAACAUUUUCACACCAUUUUGUUUUUUAAAGCAGCUUCUGUGGUUCGUAUACUUUCCAAAAAAAUGCUUGAAGAAUUAAACACAUCUGCGGCUCAUCGCACACGUCGAAAGCUGGACACAAACCUGACUUAUGUAUGAGAAAGAAUAAAGUUUACAGCCUGCAAUCAGUUACAGUUUAUAUAAUCUGGCAUUAAAUCUUUAUACUGAACAAAAUGAAGCAUAAACAUAAUAAAAUUAACAAUAUA